GAGGCGCGGGAGGUCAUCAGGCACCACCUCAACGCCUCGCACGAGGACGACGCCGUGAUCUUCGCGGGCAACGGCUCCACCGGCGCAGCACAUCUGCUGAUGCAGACGCUCGAGCGAGCAGACUUCGACGUGCUCGCCAGCGCGGCCACGGCGGAGUCUGAGGCCCGGCGCGACAUGCACUACAGGGAGGACAGGCGGGCGCCUCCGCACCUCCCUGGGGGGCCCCCUGGGCGCGCGGCCUACGCCCGCUGGGCAGGGCCCCAGCGGCAGGGCCCCUCAGCACCGCCCCGGAUUGGGCGUGCGACCGCGCUGAAACUGCGAGCCCUGCUGGCCGAGCUGGAGGCGGCCAUCGUGCGCGGCUCGGCGCAGCAGGUCUUCGCGGCGCUGGGAAGCAGCCCAGUCCAGACGCUGGGGUGGCCCGC